AUGGACAACUGGGAGAAUGACAAUACCAUUAAGAGAAAUAAGGCUGGAGUGUGGGGAACAGGGUACGGCUUUGCUGAUGAUCGAGUUGUCUUUGGUCCUCUUCUAAAUAAAGGACAGGCAAUAACUGUUGAGAAUCAGUGUGUAUACAGUGGAGGUCUAGCCAUGAUUCAAGAGACCUACCAGGUUCUUGAGAUCACACCAAGGAAUGAAAAGCAAGUUAAAAAUCUCAAGCUACUGGAAGCAGCAGCUCACCUUCAGCUUGAUUUCUGGAAGCCCCUCACCACUGCAGGGGAAGGGGUACAUGUUCGAAUUCCCUUUUCCAGACUGUAGGCAGUCAAAAUUUUCUUGCAAUCCCAUGGAAUUCCUCGUUCUAUCUUGAUUGAAAAUGUGCAGGUUCUGCUGCAUCAAGAGAAGAAAGGGAUGCUUUUUCAACAAAUAAGACGAAGUAGAAGCAGCUUCAAUUUUGGAGCUUACCAUAUUGUGGAAGAGAUUUUCCAAGAAAUGGAUGACCUUGUGGAUCAGUAUCCUAGUUUACUGUGCAAACUGAAAAAUGAGUCUAGCACUGGAGGGAACAAGACUGCCAUCUGGAUCCAUGCUGAGAUCUACACCAGAGAGUAGAUUACCCAAGCUACAGCACUGUGGACAGCCAAUCAGAUUGUAUCUGGUUAUGGAAAUGACCCAACACUCACAGCCAUUUUGGAUAUAAUGGAUAUCUUCCUCUUGCCUACAGCAAACCCAGAUGGAUAUGUGUUCUCUUACACCCAAAAGCAGACCCGAUCCACGAUUUCUGGAAGCCAUUGUGUUGAUGUUGACCCAAACAGGAAUUGAGAUGUGGGCUUUGGAGGACCUUUAUCCAGUUCCAACCCCUACUUUGAAGUAUACCAUGGACCAAGAGCCAACUCAGAUGUUGAAGUGAAAUCCAUGGCUGACUUCGUUAAGAACCACAGACAAAUCAAAGCCUUCAUCAGCCUUCACAGUUACUCCCAGCCGCUGCUGUUCCCCUGUGGGUAUAUGUGCACCAAUGUGCCAAACUUUGAUGAGCUGAAAAAAUUGGCCCUAACUGCUACUGCUGCUGUGACAUCACUGUAUGGCUCUAAGUACUUAGUGGGAUCAAUCUGUGAUCUCCUUUACUCUGGUGGGAGCAUUGAUUGGGCCUAUGACCAAGGCAUCAAAUAUGCCUUUGUCUUUGAACUGAGAGACAAAGGUCACCAUGGCUUCUUCUUGCCAGCCAAUCAGAUUAUUCCCGCAGAAGAGACUUGGAGGGGCCUGAAGACAAUCAUGGAAUAUGUUCAGAACCAACCAUACUGGGGGCAGCUGGUGCUCCUGGACAUGAGGUGGAUACUAUUCUUCGGGGCCCUUAUAGGGUCCAUGUAUUGCAAAGAAAAGUUUAAUGGGCACCAGGUUUUUCAAAUUAGAGUUCGGGAUGGAGACCAGAUUAACAAAUUGAAUGAGCUGGUGAAUAUGGAGAACUUCAAGCUCGAUUUCUGGAAACUGCCCACCACCCCUGAUCGCCCUGUGGAUGUGGUGGUUCCAUCAUCUAGCUUGAAACUUGUCAAAUCCUUCCUGGAAUCCCAUGGCUUAGAGUACUCAAUCUCCAUUGAUGACCUGCAGGCUCUCCUUGAUGAAGAAAUUAAAGAAAUGAAACACAAUAGAGGAAAAGAACGGAAUAAUGGCAAUUUCAACUAUGGGGCUUAUCACAGCUUGGAAGAGCUUUAUCAUGAGAUGGACAGCAUCGCUUCUGAUUACCCCAAUCUAGCGAGUCUCCUGGAGAUUGGACGCUCUUUUGAGAAACGACCGCUGAAUGUACUAAAGUUCAGCACUGGGAAAGGCAAGAGACCGGCCAUUUGGCUGAAUAAUGGAAUCCACUCUCGUGAAUGGAUCACUCAGGCUACAGGAAUAUGGAUAGCCAGGAAGAUUGUAUCUGACUAUGGGAAUGAACCAGACAUCACCUCCAUCUUGGAUGAAAUGGAUAUCUUCGUGAUGCCUGUGGCCAAUCCUGAUGGAUAUGUCUAUUCUCAAACCAAAAACCGCUUCUGGAGGAAGACUCGAUCCCGAUUUCCUGGAAGUCAAUGUGUAGGAGUUGACCCAAACAGGAAUUGGAAUGUAAGCUUUUCAGGAGAAGGAGCCAGUGAUAGCCCCUGCUCUGAAGCAUACCAUGGACCCAAGCCCCAUUCAGAAAUAGAAGUGAAAUCUGUGGCAGACUUCAUCCAGAACCAUGGGAAUUUCAAAAGCUUCAUUGACAUCCACAGCUACUCACAGCUCCUGAUGUUUCCUUAUGGGUACACAUGCAAAAAACCCCGAGACUUUGAUGAACUGGACAAAGUUGGAAAUCGAGCGGCCAAAGCCCUCGCUUCCUUGUAUGGCACCUCCUACAGAGUGGGACCUAUCUGUUCAACUAUAUACCCGGCCAGCGGCAGCAGCAUAGACUGGGCCUACAAGAAUGGAAUUAAAUACGCCUUCACUUUUGAGCUGAGAGACACCGGACACUACGGCUUCCUUCUGCCAGCCCAGCAGAUCCUCCCGACCGCCGAGGAGACGUGGCUGGCCCUGAAUGUGAUCAUGAAGCACGUCCAACACCACCUCCACUAGAGCCAUCUCCGGAGCCCAGAAGCGUCUGCCUGGAAGACUGCUGCACGGGCUCACGGUGUGCUUAGAGACCCAUAUUCUACGGGGGCUCUAGAAAACGAUCUUCUACUUAAUGCUGGCGUGACUUUAGAUAACUCACUUAACAUCUCUGCCCUGCAAGUUUCUCAUCUGUUAAAUGAAGCGGGUCCUACUCAACG